CUUAACUUCCCUUUUCUUUCUGCGUCGCUCUUCUUCCUCGUCUAACCGCCACCCUCCCCUGAUGGCACUCUGCCAUCCAGGGUCUUCACCGCCGCCACCGCCAACCCUAGCUCUUCUCACUUCGUUCCUCUCUGCCUAGAAGGAACCGUUUUUCCCCCCUUCAGACAUCCUCUUCCCAAAAGCACACUAUCACAUAGUACACACCCCAAUAAUCAAUCCACACAUUCAAAUGGACAUUACAAGACUGAGAGCUCACAAAGCUACAAAGUUGCUGUUUCCACCUAUCAAUCGCCUUUUAAUUACAUCAACAGCCCAAGACAAUAUCCAUUCUAACCGUAACAACCAACCCGAGAAACAACAGCAACAACAUCAGAAGCCACAGCUGACUAAGCCAAUACCAAAGUCUAAGCCUUUAUCAGGGAAAGAACAAUGGAUCGAUAAGGAAAAGGUUGGAAUUGGUGAACGAAACAAUUUGGCGAAGUGGGUUAGUUCUAUUUUAUCAAAAGAGCGUUUAGAUUUUUCCAAGUGUAAAGAUUUGCUGACCCUUUUGUCUCCUUUGCAAUUUGAGGGUAUUUUCCUUGACAUUCAUCAGACUGUGAAACCUUUAGCUGCUUUGAAGUUCUUUUAUUUUUCGUCGAAUUCUUGUGGUUUUAGAUUUAGUCUUAGAUCGUAUUGUAUCUUGAUUCGUCUCCUUGUUAUUUCCAACCUUGACUCAGCUGCCCGGUUGCUUUUGAUAAGGCUGAUCGAUGGAAAAUUGAAUGUUUUUUGUGAUAAUUUGAGAAUUAAUGAUGGUCAUGGUGAUAACGGUAAGCAUUUGGAGCUCGCUGCUUUAUUUGCUGAUUUAAGUAUGGGAAAUUCUCAGGUUGAUGUUAGGAUACUUGACAUGUUGGUUCAUGUUUUUGCAUCUCAAUUUAAGGUUUCGGGUGGCUUGAAUUCUUCAUUGGAUGUGAUUUGUAUGUUGGCGAGAAGGGGGUUGUUUCCCUCUUUGAGAACGGGUGUUUUUGUGUUGAGUUCUCUUGUCAAAGCGAAUGAGCUUCACAAGAGUUAUGAGGCUUUUGAUAUUCUGUGCUCAGGCUUUGUUCCAGAUGUUUUUAUGUUUAGCAUUGCCAUCAAUGCAUAUUGUAAAGGAAGAAGGGUUGAGGAUGCAAUGAGGUUGUUUCAAAAAAUGGAGGAGAUGGGUGUUGCUCCAAAUGUUGUUACUUAUAAUAAUAUUAUUCAUGGUCUGUGCGAGAAUCACAAUGUAGAGGAAGCUUUUGAAUUCAAGGAGAAAAUGGUUAACAAUGGUGUAAAACCUAGUAUUGUUACGUACAGUACGCUUAUUAAUGCUUUGGUAAAACUUGAGAAUUUUGAUCAAGCAAACAUUGUUUUGAAGGAAAUGAUUGACACAGGAUUUGUGCCAAAUGUGAUUGUUUAUAACACUCUCAUAGAUGGUUAUUGCAGAAUUGGAGACAUUCAGUGUGCAAUAAAGUUAAGGGAUAAUAUGAUAAUUCAUGGCUUAGUUCCUAAUUCAGUUACUCUUGGUUCGCUUGUCAGUGGGUUCUGCAAGGUAAAUCAAAUUGAUCGAGCUGUACAGCUGGUAGAGGAGAAGUUAUCGGAAGGGUUGUGCAUGAAUGCUGGUGGCUUUACUUCUUUUAUUCAUGAGUUAUGUAAAAAGUCAGAGCUGGGCUCUGCGCUACGAUUCACAAAGGAAAUGAUAUUGCGAAAUAUGAAACCAAAUGACACAUUACUGACCAGAUUAAUUAAGGGGCUCUGCAAGAACAAGAACCAUUCAGAUGCAGUGGAGCUUUGGUUCCUGCUGCUGAAGAAAAGUUUUAAAGUCAAUACAGUAGCCUCAAAUGCUCUCAUUCAUGGACUAUGUGAAGCUGGUAGGAUGCAGGAUGCUGUUAGGCUUCUUAAAGAGAUGUUAGAAAGAAAUGUGCCACUAGACAGAAUCACUUACAACACACUCAUUUAUGGGUGGUGCAGAGAGGGAGAGUUGGAUGGUGGAUUUAAACUCAGAGAAGAAAUGGUUAAGCGGGGGAUUGUACCGGACAUUGUUACAUACAAUUUGCUGAUGCAUGGGCUUUGUGAGGAGGGAAAGAUUGAGGAAGCAAUGAUGCUUUGGAAUGAAUGUGAAAGGAUUGGCCUUGUUCCCGAUGCCUAUACACAUGGGAUCAUGAUAGAUGGAUUCUGCAAAGCUGGAAAAGUUGAAGAGGGCAGAAUUCUCUUUGAUAAGUUGAGCAGACACAAUAUUGAGUUAAACUCCACUAUUUAUAAUAUAAUGAUUGGAGGUUAUUGUAGAAAUGGGAGUAUAACAGAAGCUAUUAAACUGCGUGAUGAAAUGAGAAUCAAAGGCAUCCUAGUUACAUGUGCUACCUAUUCUUGUCUCAUACAUGCAAUGUGCAAGACUGGUUGUGUUGAGGAUGCCAAAAGCCUUUUUGAUGAAAUGAGAACGGACAGCUUGGUACCUAAUGUUGUCUGUUAUACUGCACUAAUUGGUGGCUACUGUAAGCUAGGUCAAAUGAAUGAAGCAAGGAAACUCCUGCAGGAAAUGUCUUUAUGUGACAUUCACCCUAAUGAGAUUACCUACACUGUAGUUAUUGAUGGGUAUUGUAGGUCUGGGAAUAUGAAAGAAGCAACUCACCUACUUGCUGAGAUGGUAAAGAAUGGAAUUAUUCCAGAUUCUGUCACUUACAGUAUACUAACAAAUGGAAUUUGUAAAGAAGGAAAAAUAGAAGAGGCCUUCAAGUUAUGCGAUAACAUGUUGCAAACAGGAUUUAAAGUAGAUGAUGCUAUAUAUACUUCUUUAGUCAGUCGUUUGCACCAACCUUCUGCAGUUGCGCAAGAAGACUGAACUGCCAAUAAAGUGUGGCAAGCUGGAGUAGAUCAAGGGACGAUGUUGACUUGAAUCUCUUCAGAAGAUACUCAGCGACAUGCUUUAGAACCUGCAAGUAGGGUCUAUUGCCAUAUUGGCUCAUUGGAUGCUCUCUAGAUGGAUCAAGUACACAAAUAAUAUGGUACAUUAAAAGUGGUGUCUUGUGUCAGGUAGAUCUGUUGGGCAUCACAAUGAGAUUGUUAGUGCAGUUUGCUGUUUUGGUUUCUCAGGCUAGAUGGACUCAAAUUGGAUGAGGAGUGAUAUAUGAAUGAAGCUGGAUUACAUUUUUGCAAGAUCUGAAGGACUAGCUUCUGGUGAUUUUUUCGGUUGGAAUGCUGGAAGAGCAGCUUCAGAUUGUGAGAGAAGAAAUAUACUCCUACUUGAAGAUUAUUAAAGGAUAAUGGCAAGUGAAGGUUUUGCUUCUUCAGCAUGAGAAUGUCUGAUGCCUUCAGCACCUGUUAGGUGAAUUGGAUAAAAGAACAGUAUUAUGAUUUGGGACACAGAAUCCAACUGGAGGAUUUCCUGCAUAUUUCAACGAUUUGAAAAUUGAUCCAUCUGUAUAAUCUGCCUAAUGUGAGCAAUCAUCUUAUGGUGGCAUCAUACCAUAGUUGAGGGAAGGCAGUCGAUUGGGGGCGGUAGUGCCUGAACUUUCAAACUUGACCAUUGAACUUGACGAGCUUGUUGAGGAGAAAACAUAAGUGGCUCUAAAAACUUUUGAAGACGCAUACGAGGAUUCUGGAGUGAAGGAAGUUGUAGAAAUUAAGUGGAGGCCACUAUUUCAGCUGAGCAGGUCAAGCAGUUAAAGCUGGAUGAGUUUGCUGCAAUCAACCAUAUGAAAGACAGUAAGAGGCUUUGUAGCAUCAUAGAUCUGCAAGUUUUGGAACAAUGCUAAGAAUUUUUUCUAGCCUAUUCACUCCAAAAAUUCACUUGGUCCUUGGAGAGUUCAGCAAUAUUCACUCUACAAAGCCCCAGCUUUAACUGUUGCUCCCUCAAGUACACGGCAAGAGUAGUUCUUGGAGUUGCAAUUCUUCUUUCAGCUCAUUCCAGACCUUCAAGUUCUUCCUCCUACGAAUCUUUAAAACUCUAGGUUGAGAUUUAUCCAAUCAGGGACAAUAAUGCAGUCAAUAAAGAGUUAAAGGAAAUCUGGGCUUCCAGAGGAAUUUGAAGGAUGAUAUCUACAAUUCAUUCAAUUUUUAGAGAGGAGCUGAAAUUACUACGGGAGGUGGCAUUGUCUUAUUGGAAGGGUUUACUAAGACGUUUGGACCAGUGCUAUAUACUUGACAAAAUAUGGUUUCCAGUAUGUAUUUCUCAUUCUAUUACACUGAUUUGGGACAAUUUUGGCGGGAGCAGAAAUAUACGCGCAAGGUGCUCUGCUUGUUUUGUUCUGAGGAUGACGAAAUCCCUGAUGACCUCUAUGGUACUAUAGUCUAACUGGGCAUCUGUAGUCAUCAUUGUUGCAGCCAAAAGUUUUCCUCGAUGAUAUCUAUUCCUAUGAAGAACUCCCAGCAUUGAUGAAGGGUUUUUACCCAAAGAAUGGGGUUCUAGGAUUGCGUACUUGUACUAGAUUUUUAGAUGUGAGCUAAGAGCAACUAACAGGGUUCUUCUAGCAACCAAGAUAUUCAACAGCUGAUCACCUAGCACAUUUGUGCGAAACUAUUUAUUUAUCAUUUUUUCCGUUUUGUUUCCUUCGUGAGAAUAGCUAAACAGUUUGUUUAGAAUUUCUGUAUUUAAAUGUUGAAGUUUUGGGUAGAGAAUGGGCUUUGUAGUCUUGCUUUAGGCCGAAUGUUGGUGAGUAUUGGUAGAGUUUAUUGAGUAGUGAAUAAACCCAGAAGAAACUUGCAGAAGGCUUUUGGAGUUGCAGCAAUUUGCCAGAAUUUGCGUGCUCUCUUUUCUCUGAAUUUUUGUAUUUAAACAAUGGUCAAAAAGUGGAAAGAAUGCUCGGUGUUUGUUU